AUGACAGUAGAUGACCAGGGGCGAGAGAAGGCGUUGGAUGGACUUUGGAUUGACAAGUUGCAGGAGAUCCUUGAUGAAGCGAAUCGAGCUUAUGGUGGGAAGAACGACUGGCAAGAUCAGAUCAGAAGUCAGGAGCAAAAUGAAUUGAAGACGCAGAUUCACAACAACUUCACCAACUUUUUCCAAUGUGGCUCCGAGAGCAUCGACUCGGUGAUGGACAAGCUGAGUCAGGUCUGGAAAACUCUGAGCUCUGAGAAAGAAAUUGAUGUACCCUCGGAUUUGGGAGAUUUGAAGGGAUCGCUUGAAGCAGUGCAGCAAUCACUGAAGGAGGCGCACGACAAAGGUUGCGGCUACGCGGAGAGGGUCACCCGUCAGUGGUUCGCGUACAUCUCGAAGGAGGUCUUCAAUGUGGAGAGAUUUGGGAACAUCGAAAUCAAAGAUUUAGAUGGUUUGAAGCAUCGCUUGAACUUGCUGCGCAUGUACGACGAGUUGAACGAGCGUUGGCAUCGGAUGGAUGCAUUGAACGCUGGUUUGGAGGAAGCCGUGCGUAGCAAAACCGCCCUGCAGGCGUCAGUGGAAAGCGCCGAACUCUUACUGGUCAAGCAGGUGGAAGCAGAAUACCAGAAGAGCUUUGAAAGAGAGACGCGGCAGAUGGUCAUGAAAGUUGCGAAGCAACGGGCAGAAACCGCGGCACAAGUUGAAUCGUGCUUGAGAUAUCGAGUGGCCUUGCGCAGCGAACUUCUUAGGAUUCUCACAGAGCUGUCGGAUAAGUUGCGACAGUGGCAUGAGAAGCUUUGCAAGAAGUACUCAGAUGCUAUUCGGCAGCUAAAGAACGGCAAGAAAAAGAUGGAAGAAAAUCUUCGUGCGGCGGAGCAGAAGCUAAGAUUGAUCGAAGAAAAGAAGGCAAGUACUCAGAGUAGCUUGGCUACCCUAUUGAAACCCUACGCUGGUGCUGCUGGAGCAUCCAACUUGGAUCCCUAUGGCGACCUCCCAAAGAGAGAUGAAUUGGUCGUGAAGAUCUACGCCUUAGUGGCUGCCCUGGAGGAACCCAUGGUUUCUCCCAUCAUCUUUGACGCGGUGCAGCGAUUGAUUUCAAGAAGCCCACAUGAGAAGAUGGAACGAGUGGUAGAGAACCUCACACCGACCAGGGAGGGCCAGCAAUGUGUCCUCGACUUUGCCGGGGUUCAGCAGCUGCUACAGUACACUUCAGCAGCACGCGCCAAUGAAGAUUUGGCCCCCUUCCUUGCUGCCACCAGCAAAUAUACGCCCCUACUCCUACGUGGUCCCGACCAGGUGCGCUUGGCGGAGAUACUCAAGGAAUAUCGGGAAGCCUUGGUGGAUCGCAACUGGGACAUGGGAAGCCAUGGGUUGUGGGUAGGCAACAGCCAUGCCUCUGCGAAGUUGCUGUUUGUGGCUGAGCCUUUUCUGAAGCUACUCAGCAAACUGAAGGAGGAACAGCAGAAUGACUCAGUGGCAGCAGAGGUUGGCUUGGUGCUUGCAAUGGCGAACUUUGGUGCUGUGACUCGUGUUCAACGUGGCUGCCAAUUGAUGGCGGCCAUCCUCAACCUGCGCAGUCUCCAACUUCGAAAGCAUGCGUUGAACCGGAUCCUUAGCGAACCCUUUCCAGGGCCCACCUCUGAAGACAUGAGUGCGCAGGUCCGUACCAUCGACGCAACGUAUCGGAGCAUCGAAGGCGGUGUCGGGGUGCUACGGAACCAGGCCCAGUCGUUGGCAAAAGAUGCUGCAAACCUCCUGAAGGUCUACGGCAAACAAAUCGAUGAUCUUAUCCAGGUGAUAAAACGACUUGCGCCAAGGGCACAUCAGGGGCAUGGUAGCGGUCGUCAAAUCAGUCAAGAUGCAGAUUUUGGUUGUGUAGAUUCCAGUCCACGACGAAAGCAGGAAAGUAUCGCACAUCUUCCGGCACUGCUUGCAUAUCAGAAGGGCUCUGAAAGUCCUACAGACAUCAUAACCAUCUUGCAGUACCAGAAGAUCCUCUUGAAGCUGCAGCUGCGAAUGCGGAAGUGGUUACGCUCCACAUGCAGCCCCAAUCUCCCUCAGGAUGAGCUUUCGCAGACGGAAGAUGCCUUGCAGGGACACACUGAGAAAACUGAGGGAGAGGAUGAUGCGGAUGGGACAGCGAGUGUAGGGCCACCAAAGUGGAGAAGGUGGUCGGAUAUCUUGCAUGACAGGCCGAAUCAGGCGCAGGUGUCCCAACUGUCUUCCGCCUUCCAGGAGCAUUUGCAACAAUCCAGGAAGCUGGUGGAUGAUAGCUCCAGUAGCAGCGAGCAGGCUGAAGUUUCUGAAGUUCGAGAAGAUAGUCCAAGGAUGAAGGAAAUGCGUUCCAAGGCAACUUUCUUGAACUGGGUAUCUGGUCGUCCUGCGUCGUCCCGCACGCAAAAGAAGGGCAGGAUGAAAGGCCUGGCUCUCACUGCGAAGAGACACAGCACGAAGCCGCGCCAGAAGCCGCAGGCAAAGCCAAAGCUAGAGCCAGAGGAUCCUUCACGCGUCUACAUGGACUUGAUGGGAAGGCAUGUGCUGCAACCUGAAGAACCUGAAGCAUCCGAAGUUCAAAGUGAAGCCAGCGAAGCCAGCGAGUACAGCGAAUCAGAUGAUGGAGAUCAGAUGCAUUCCCCGGUCGCUCAGCGAAUUCUCCUUGAGGCCGUUGAGAUCCCAAGAGUCGUCCCUCAACGUGUCCAGAAACAUGCGCGAACUAGAACCAGUUCCGAGGAGGUGACCCUGGUGGUGGGCGAGGGUCACACUUCACCGAAACCGGGGCGGCUAGCGCAAUCUCCAACUGGUGAACUGAUGCGUGGCAAGGGUCGACUCUUUUCACCCAUUGUGCAGGCUGAAACUUCAAAAUUUCGGCUGGAAGGGGUCAGGGUUAGCCAAUGUGAAGUGAAGCGCAAAGCCAGUGCAGACACAGAGGAUGACGUGAGUGCUACAUCGUCUGAAGAGGUGCCGGAGGAGGUUACAGAACCCCAGGAUACCGGAUUUAGCAGAAUGCGAACACCCACCCUGGUGAAAGACGGAUUUCUUCUUGUGGAUGAUGCAGCUGCGGAUGAGGAAGAUGAGGAUGAGGGUGAAGUAGAUGAGAUAGAUAGAGAUGAUAUUGAGGCUGAUGAGGCUGCGAAAAAGCCUCAGACAGACCGCAACCAUUUGCACCUUAGGCAGCCUUCUCGAGAUGCGUCGCCGGGGUCGAAGAGUUCGCAAUCGGUCCGGAGCCCUUCCCGAAAAAGUCGCAGUUCGAUGGCGAGGCAGGAAGACGACAGCCCAGAGGCUCGGUCGCUGGCCGAAACGACCCGUUGGCUGCAGGAUGUCCUGGAAAGCGAACGCCAUUCCUCGGCCAAGCCCUUGUUGCCCCGCACCGGGCGAGCUUUUCCCAGCAGCAGCAAUGAGUACACCUGCGCUGGGCCGCCGGGAACGGCACGACGCUUGCGACUUCAUCAGAGGCCCACGUCCCAGCCGGCCAAGCCGGUGCAGGAGGAACUUGAGGAAGAGCCGGUUGCGGAGGAAGUCCAGUCCUGGCGAUGCCUUCCGAAAGAACCUGGUGGUGACUGGAAGCUUCUCGCUGGGAGCCCCCAGGGCGAUCAAGAGAUGCAAGCAGCUCCGGUCCCGCGGAUGGCCACAACUGCCACAACUUCAACUGAGGAAGAAGCAGAAGCCAAUCAGAUGCAGGUGGUACGAAUCAGCUCAAUGGAAUUUCCAUUGCCACGUCCAGGAGCUGCUGCAAUGAACAUCACGAACCAAAGAGGCAAGCGCUGCUUGGGUCGAGCUCGAGUGGUGGUAAGUCACAGCAACUGCGAGUUACAACCUUCUCCCUCCAGCUCAAACGCCUCGGAUGUUGAGACUUUGGAAGAUGAAAUGGGCUCAGAUGCACCACAGUUUGCUGCUUCAACACCUGACAGGCAGAUAACACCCGAGGCUGCAGAAACAUCCAAUGCUGUGGCUGGCACGCAGCCAGAAGCUGCGGAAAGACCGCAGGACCGCGAGCUACUGAAGCACGUGGGCCCACUGCGGAAGCAUUUGCCGAUGACUCGUCGAGGAGUGGUCCCGCUGCUCACCCCACAUGAAGUCGAUGAAGUCGAAUUAGAGCAGCUGGAACUGCUUGGGGAGGCCGUCAGAGAUCCCAGAAAUCCCAGGCAUCGACAUUUGGUGAGUGGCUUCAGUGGCUUGUCCACAUCGAAGCCAUCCAACCCAUCUCCUGGCGAUGACGUCCCCGGCGGUGCCCGGGAGACGGCUGUGGGCGCAACGUUGCAACAACACGAAGGGGUCACGCUGCCAAUGGCGACAGCGGUCAAGGCUGAUUUGGACAUGGAUUGCCCCACUGGUUUCAGAACAAGAGAAUGUGUUCCAGCAGCUGAAGAUGAUGGUGCAGAAGGACCAGGACUCGUAUCAGACCCUUCGGUCACCAUGGAAGGGGAUGCCAUGGAAGAGCUCGUGGCGGAUCUUCAACAUUUAUUCCAUGACCCCGAUGACGUAGGGUCCUUUAGGCCAGCCGAGACAAUGUGGGCAUUGAAUGGUGUAUAG